AUGUCGGACCAGUCUACCCGUGAGUCGUCGGACUCGAGCAGCGAUCACCCACCACCACCCGCUGUCCCACAAACUGCGGUGAGCGGUGCGAGUCCAGUUGCCGAAGAGACACGGGGCCCAUCGCCGGUGCUUGCUGUGCCAGAGAGUGACGAAAAGCUUUCGUGCGGCUGCCUGAAACAGGGCCGGAACCUCGUCGUAUGCAUCGACGGAACUGCGAACCAGUUUGGCCUGAAGAACACGAACGUGGUGGAACUGUACAGCCGCCUCGUCGACUCCAAUGAACAACUCGCAUACUACGACAGCGGGAUCGGCACGUACGUCAAGGAGCGAUUCUCUCUGCGUUACGUCGCACAAGUCAUCGAUCACACCAUCGACAUGGCGAUUGCAUGGAACUUCAAGGAGAUAGUCCUCAAGGCCUACGAAUGGUUGUCAGAAAACUAUCGGGCAGGCGACCGCAUAUUCCUAUUUGGGUUCUCUCGCGGAGCCUAUCAAGCUCGUGUUCUCGCAGGUAUGAUACAAAAGGUUGGGCUCCUCAAGAAAGGAAACAAUAGGCAGAUACGUUUCGCAUACGAGUUGUAUGAGUCUGCCACCGCCCACCAGAAGAGACGGUUCGAGGACGCUGGCAACCCUACGCAAGAAGACGUCGAACAGAACAACAGAUGGCGAAGACUACUGAGAAAGAUGAAGCGACAAGGGUUCUUCGCCUCCGCCGCGAAGGCGGAUGCCCGCCCACUGGAAGGCUCUGCUGACGAGAAGGGGCGUCCGGCGCUCGGUGGUCCGAGUGCUGGCAAGCCUGCGCAGUCCGAUGCCAAGGAUCACGGCCCACGGAAGAAAUCCCCGAAAGAACGGGAGCCAGAGGCUCCUUCUCCCGAAGACCUGUGCAAACACUUCAAGUCGACGUUGUCGCGCGAAAACGUGAAGGUUCACUUUGUCGGUGCAUGGGAUACUGUAUCGUCCGUCGGCAUUGCUAGAGGUCCUACGCUACCCGAAACAACCACCGGGAUGUCGCACGUCUGUGCGUUCAGACAUGCGCUGGCACUCGACGAACUGCGGGUCAAGUUUCUGCCCGAGUACGCUAACGGAGGAGCUGGGCCGAAGGAAAGCAAGGGCAACGUCAAAGAGGUAUGGUUCGCAGGCUCGCACUCAGAUAUCGGGGGAGGGAACCUACCGAACCUUGAAAGCGACCGUUUCGGACCAGCGCUUCGCUGGAUGACGUACGAAGCCGACCUCUGGGGACUCCGGAUGAAAGCCGACAGGGGCAAGUGGCACGCAUCAGAACUAACCAAGUCUAUGAACUGGUUCUGGUGGUUCCUCGCUUCCCUGCCGAUCAAGCGGCUAUCGUACAAAGACGCGGAGAGCACAAAGAGAUGGCCGCCUCAUCGCGCGGCACCUCGGAAAGUGAUGGAGGGUCAACUCAUUCAUGAGUCUGUCUUCGAGCUCAUCCACGAGCCCGUCCCCGAUGUCAGAGAGCGCUACAUACCUCGCGCUCGGCUCCCGCCUACCUGCUCCGCAUCUUGGGAUUCCGUUGAGUUGAAAUAUGAAGUGAAGAUGGAAGAAGAUUCCUACGUUUCCGCCCGCGCAAUCAUCGGCGAUCUCAACAAGAAGCUCACUCUUACCGAGAGACAAAUAGAGCGGCUGGCGGACCUGCCUUCGUCAGGCAAGUAUCGUGGACGACAGCUCAUCAUCGACUACCCAAACUCCUGCACGGUAUUGCUCGACGCGCUUGAACGAGAAUCCGGACGCGAAGAUGGAGACACGCGAUCAAACCUGCUCACAAGCGUUGCGAUGGCAAUGACAGCGUUUCGCUUGGUGCCCCAUGCUCAGACGCGCGCAGUAGCAAAGCUACGGCGUAUAGUAGACAUGAUUGCACGAGAUACCCCCGAGAAAGUUUCCGCUGCAAAUCAACUUCUGAACCUAUUCCGUGACAGACAGGUCAUUGCUAUGGAAGGACACAGGUUUGAUGUGACGUCCGUCGCGUUCUCACCAGAUGGCUCGCAAAUCGCGUCGGGCUCCUGGGACAGCACGAUCCGAAUUUGGAACGCGGACACCGGAAAGGAAAUCCGCGAGCCUUUACGGGGCCACACGCGCAUCGUCACUUCGCUGUCGUUUUCCCCCGAUGGAAAGCGCCUUGCCUCGGCCUCAAAUGACGAGACCGUGCGACUGUGGGACGUGCGGACAGGGCAGCAGACCGGGCAGCCGCUCGAAGGGCAUACGUUCUGGGUUUACUGUGUCGCAUUCUCACCCGACGGCAACCGCAUCGUCUCGGGUUCAGCCGACUACACGCUCCGACUCUGGGAUGCGCAGACCGGACAGGCCAUCGGCGAGCCUUUACGGGGUCACUCUGGCUUGGUCAAGAGCGUCGCUUUUUCACCGGAUGGGAAGCACAUCGCCUCAGGAUCCAUGGACAGCACGAUCCGACUCUGGGACGCCGGGACAGGGAAAUCAGUCGGGGAUCCGCUGCGAGGCCACGACCACUGGGUUUUGUCAGUCGCAUAUUCCCCCGAUGGCGCGCGCAUCGUCUCGGGUUCCGACGACAACACCAUUCGGAUCUGGGACACCCAGACAAGACAGACGGUGUUAGGACCACUGCAAGGGCACGAAAAAGGCGUCACAUCCAUGGCAUUCUCGCCGGAUGGCAAGUACGUCGUCUCCGGCUCCUGGGACGGCACGAUGCGGAUAUGGGACGCGCAGACAGGACAGACCGUGGCCGGGCCUUGGGAAGCUCACGAUGACAAGUGGGUACGCUCCAUCGCGUUCUCGCCCGAUGGCAAGCGCGUCGCCUCGGGCGGCGGUGACUACAUGGUAAAAAUAUGGGACGCGGAGAUCGUUUAG